AAUAAAACCAAUGCAUCAGACUGGCAGAUCUCGGUUAUGAUGCUUUCAAUUCCUAGUCUUGUCUUAUCAAAUGAAUGAGACAACGUAAAGUAGGAGGCUCCUCGAAACAACCUGCAUAUAUAUAGAGUCAGCCUACCGGACACAUAACAAGGAACCUGCCAGCAUUACAGCAAAGAUGAACACGGAUGCGAUUGUUAUCGUUUCUGCCGCAAGGACUCCUAUAGGAUCAUUCAAUGGAGCCCUUAGUAGUGUACCUCUCAAUGAUUUGGGGACAUUAGUCAUUAAAGAUGUGCUUAAGAGGGCCAAUGUGAAGCCAGAAGAAGUCUCAGAGGUCAUCAUGGGUCAUGUCCUCACUGCAGGUCAUGGGCAGAAUCCUGCCCGGCAGGCAAGUGUUGCUGCUGGUAUCCCAUACUCAAUGCCAGCAUGGAGCUGUCAGAUGAUCUGUGGAUCUGGCCUGAAGGCUGUGUGUCUUGGUGCUCAGUCCAUCAUGACUAAAGAAUCCACUAUAGUAGUAGCAGGAGGCAUGGAGAGCAUGAGUCGGGCUCCUCAUAUAGUGCAGAUGAGGUCAGGGGUGAAGAUGGGAGAUUCUACUUUGCAGGACUCCAUACUGACUGAUGGACUCACAGACGCCUUUUACAAUUACCACAUGGGAGUCACAGCUGAGAAUGUGGCCAAGCAGUGGGGGGUGUCCCGUGAGGCUCAGGACCAGUUUGCCGUGAUGUCACAGAACAGAACUGAAGCAGCUCAGAAGGCUGGAGAUUUUGACCAGGAGAUUGUGCCAGUUACUGUUCCCUCUAGGAAAGGUCCAGUCGAGGUCAAAGCUGAUGAGUUUCCGCGGCAUGGCAGUAAUAUUGAUGCUAUGUCCAAACUGAAGCCUUGUUUUGUAAAGGAUGGCUCUGGUACAGUGACAGCUGGCAAUGCAUCAGGCAUAAAUGAUGGAGCUGCAGCUACUGUUCUCAUGAGCCAAUCAGAGGCCCAGAGGCGGGGCUUAAAACCAAUGGCACGCAUCACGUCCUGGGCUCAGGCAGGCCUUGACCCUUCAGUCAUGGGCACAGGGCCAAUUCCAGCCAUUAGAAAAGCUGUCGAUAAAGCCGGAUGGAAGCUGGAUGAGGUUGAUCUGUUUGAGAUAAAUGAAGCGUUUGCUGCUCAGUCCAUUGCAGUGGUAAAGGAGCUCGGUUUAAACCCUGAUAAGGUGAAUGUGUGUGGAGGGGCGAUCUCUCUCGGACAUCCCCUCGGUAUGUCUGGCUGUAGAGUGUUGGUGACCCUGCUUCAUGCGCUUCAGAGGACAGGGGGACGGAAAGGGAUCGCUUCAUUGUGUAUAGGAGGUGGAAUGGGUAUUGCCAUGUGUGUAGAGAGAGAAUAAGCGCUGAGUACUCCUGAUAUAGACAGAUUACUUCCACACUGUAAUCGUGUGCUUUUAAUCAGGCCUUGAAUCCAGUUUGUCAUAUUCAAAACAGAUGUUUAAAAUCUAAACAGUCUAUGAUGAGACUAAAGCAAGUACAUACUUAAGUCAGUACUUAUAUAUAUUGUAAAGGAAGGGAAGCCUGUAGUAAAAUUCACAAAUUGCCAAUUCUGGUAAAAUGAUCUAAUGUAUCAUCAUAUACAGUGUAUCUGAGGCAUUUUCACUUAACACUAAUGUAUUCCCUUCAGUCUUUUGUGAUUUAUGGUACAUAAAGAGGACAUAUUGUAUACCAGCUUUUAAGACAUUCCUUUUCUGUGUUAAUCGUCUAUAGUUGCUGAUUUACUCUCAUAGUAGAGCUUCUAUUGGUAUUAAAACUGGGUCUGUCCACAAGCAUAUCAACUAUAACCUGAUAGAUUUAUGAAAAUCAUGUUGUGUUGUGUGUUUUAAUCCAUCAGUUGAAAGGAGUCGAUCUGUUUGCAGCAGAUUGUAAAAUGGACCUAGUACGUAGAUAAGACCUGUCGACACUGUGCAAUAGAAAACUGCCUUAGAAAAUGUCAUAUGUGCCAAAAAGGCAAAAUUAGCCUCUAGCCUGUGCUUCCAAUUGUCUGCUUUUAAUACUCUCUCCCAAUGUUAAUUUAUACCUCAGGGGAAAAGCUGUUUACAUAUUUAGCCUGUGUUGUACUCUUAAUCUUACUGCUUACCCUGUGUCCUACAGUGAAUGCAGAUAAA